CUCACCUUUAAUUGCGAUGCUAAUGAGGCUUCUGUCACUUCCAUCCUGGGCGGGCUGGCUGGCCAGGCCACUGCACCUGUCAGGCCCCAUGAAGGAGGAAAAAGUUGAGCAUGAGGGGCAGCACCCCGAGUCUGGAGGCCCCCAGGAGGAGGAAAAAGAAGGCCUGAUUGAGUUCCACCGUUCUUACCGAGAGCUCUUCCAGUUUUUCUGCAACAAUACCACCAUCCAUGGUGCCAUCCGACUGGUUUGCUCCAAGCACAACCGAAUGAAGACAGCCUUCUGGGCUGUGUUGUGGCUCUGUACCUUCGGUAUGAUGUACUGGCAAUUUGGCCUGCUGUUUGGGCAGUAUUUCAGCUACCCGGUUAGUCUCAACAUCAACCUCAAUUCUGACAAGCUCGUCUUCCCGGCAGUCACUGUCUGCACUCUCAACCCAUACAGGUACUCUAAGAUCCAAGAGGAGCUGGAAGAUCUGGAUCACAUCACAGAACAGACGCUCUUUAACCUUUACAAGUACCACUCAUCACAUAGCUCCUCCAACAAGCCUCGAGUCAGACGUGAGCUCCUGAACACCCUACCCUAUCCUUUAGUUAAGCUUCAGGACCCCCAGCCCUUCCACCAUCACCGAGCCUCUGGUGUCCAGGAGAACAACCCUCAGGUGGAUAAGAAUGACUGGAAGAUUGGCUUUAUCUUGUGUAACAAGAACAAAUCAGACUGCUUCUACCAGACCUAUUCUUCAGGGGUGGAUGCUGUCCGAGAGUGGUAUCGCUUUCAUUUUAUCAACAUCCUAGCUCGUCUGGACUCCCAAGAUCUCAAUGAGGCCGCACUGGGUAAUUUCAUCUUUGCCUGUCGCUUCAACCAGGCCUCCUGCAACGAAGGGAAUUACUCCCAGUUUCAUCACCCCAUCUAUGGAAACUGUUAUACCUUCAAUGGCAAGAAUAACUCCAACCUCUGGAUGUCCUCUACACCUGGAAUCAGUAACGGUCUGUCCCUGACACUACGAACAGAGCGAAAUGAUUUCAUUCCUCUGCUGUCCACAGUGACAGGGGCCAGGGUGAUGGUGCAUGGGCAAGAUGAACCAGCAUUCAUGGAUGAUGGUGGCUUCAACAUUCGACCAGGAGUGGAGACAUCUAUCAGCAUGAGAAAGGAAACCCUGGACCGACUUGGGGGUGACUAUGGGGAUUGUACCAACAAUGGCAGCAGCGACGUCAAAGUCAAGAACUUCUAUUCUUCCAAGUAUACACAGCAGGUGUGUGUCCACUCCUGCUUCCAGGAAAAUAUGAUCCAGAAGUGUGGGUGUGCAUAUAUGUCCUACCCAAAGCCCGAUAAAGUAGAGUUUUGUGACUAUAAGAAGCACACAGACUGGGGUUACUGCUAUUAUAAGCUCCAGGAUGCCUUCGCCUCUGAUAACCUAGGGUGUUUCGCAAAGUGCCGUAAGCCCUGUUUCGUAACCAGUUAUGAGUUGUCUGCUGGCUAUUCCCGCUGGCCCUCUGCAACAUCUCAGGACUGGGUGUUCCAGAUGUUGUCGAUUCAGAAUAAUUACACCAUCAGCUCCAAAAGUGGUGUUGCCAAAGUCAAUAUCUUCUUCAAAGAGCUGAAUUAUAAAACCAACUCAGAGUCUCCCUCUGUUUCGGGCUCGAAGACGGAGAAAUCUUCCUGCUGGUCAAAGAAGGGUACAUAUUCAGGGGCUUCAACUUAAUCAACACCAACACUGUUGCUCCAGAGACCCAAAGGGUCAGAGGUGGCCCAGAAGAUGAAUAUAUAGAGAUUGUGGCUUGGAGCCCUGAGAAGCCAUAUUCUUCUGUCAACCCUUAUUUACUGCAUUGCAUGAUAAUCCAUCAAAAUAUUAGGAGUUAGCAGUUGGGAGUGAAUCCUGAAAAAGUGGAACUCAUUUUUAAUAGUCAUCCAAUUCAGAAAACAUUUGUUAUUUCCCUGCUAACUCCUUCUGCACACUCAUCUUUACCCAGCUCAGUCUUACCCCUCAAUAGCUCCUUUCUUCUGUUCUCUCCUUCCACUAUGGAUCUCUGGAAACUGACCACCUCCCCCCUCUAUUCCCUUUACCAUAGAUCUCUUUGUCUUAUUUUAUAGAUGACAGAAAGCGGGAAGGCCUAUUUAGUUUGUAAUAGAGCCAGGUUUAUCUGACUCUAAAUCAAGCAUUUUUCCUUCCAUUCCAUAUGAUACCCCGCCGUGGUUUUGUAAUUUGAAAUCCCUUUUUCCCACUUCUGAUGAUAAUCUCUUUUCCUUCUAUUUCUCCUUGCCUUGCUCCUCCUAAACCUAUUCU